UAUCAAUUGUUGUUAAUUUGUUUGUUUAGAUAAAGUUUAGUUGUUUACGUUCUUUAGUAGUCGUUAUUUGCUAUAUAAAUAAUAGUAAACUAUUUUAAAAGUCUAGGUAUUUAUUUAAAAAUAUUACUAAUAAUUAUUUUGUUAAUAAUUGAAAUGAAUUUUCUCAUUUGUAAAUAAACGAAUAAAUAAAAUUUUGUCAUAAACAAAAAAAAGUGAAUUUUAACCUAAAAAUGAGUGGAAAAACAAUAUUUGUCACUGUGGGAACAACAAAAUUUGAUAAUUUAAUAACAACUGUAACCAGCAAUGAUGUUUUGAAGGUAUUAAAUAAAAUGGGAUAUAAUCAUUUAGUAUUGCAAAUCGGUAACACUAGUUUGGAUCCUGAUUGUACGGCUCGCUGUGGAUUCAAAAAAAUUGAAUCAUUUCAUUUAUCACCGUCUCUUGAGAAAUAUAUUUCAUCAGCUGAUUUAAUAAUUAGUCACGCAGGAGCCGGAAGUUGUUUGGAGGCACUCGAAGCUAAAAAGCCAUUAAUUGUCGUAACAAAUGAAUUACUAAUGGACAAUCAUCAACUGGAAUUAGCUGAACAGCUAUAUAAAGAUGGUUACUUAUACUAUUGCACCUGCAGCACUUUAUUAAAUACUCUUCAAACGUCAGAUUUAUCCGAAUUAAAACCAUUCGUCUAUGAAAAAAGUAAACAAAUAGCUGCCGAAAUUGAUAAAUUUAUGGGUUUCGCUUGAAUUAUGUUUCAAUGAAAAUUUUUUAACUAGAAACGAAAUUAAUAUAAAUAAUCUCCAGGAUUAA